UCCAUAGCCUUUCCUUUGUCGCCCUCCUUCCUUACUCACUCUCUUAUUUCUCUCUCUCUUUCUCGAUCUCUCGAUCUCAACGUGAAAAGCUUUCUUCUCUUCCAAAGGCAAAUCGAAAACAAGCAAAAAAAAAAAAGUUUCUCCGCCAAAUCUCUCCAAAACCCUUUCUUCUCUGCGUUUCUUCUUCAACUGCGCUCGCUCCGUGCCUCCUCCGUCGUCUCCUUCUUCUUACGUAAUCUCGAAGUCGGUUGUUGUUCCAGUCCUGCCAUGGCCGAAGGGAAGUUCGAUCUGCCUGACGAUCUCAUCUUUUCCAAAUCUGAUCAGUUGAAAGAAUUGGCCUCAGAUAACAACAUUCCUUUGUCUCCUCAGUGGCUUUACACGAAAUCAACCGAUAGCAAGAUGGAUGUUCGAUCUCCUACUCCUGUGCCCAUGGGAAACCCAAGUGACCCUAAUCUCAAGGAUGCAUGGCGCUUGGAUUCACCCGAAGACAAAAAGGACUGGAGGAAACUUGUGCCUGACAAUGAAACUAGUCGCAGAUGGCGUGAAGAGGAAAGAGAAACUGGUUUACUCGGUGUCAGGAAAGCUGAUCGGAGAAAAACUGAACGUCGCAGUGACAAUGUCCCAACCAGAGAAACUGGUGACACUAAAACUACUGCUUCCUCUGAUAGGUGGCAUGAUGUUACUUCUCGUGCUGCUGUACAUGAACCUCGCCGCGACAACAAAUGGUCAUCUCGCUGGGGUCCUGAUGACAAAGAGAAAGAAACCCGUUCUGAGAAGGUAGAUAAUAAUAAUUACAAGGACAAGGAAGAGCCUCAUAGUGAAAGCCAAUCUGUGGUUAGCAGCAUCCGUGCUACUUCUGAACGGGACUCUGACCCUCGUGACAAAUGGAGGCCACGUCAUAGGAUGGAAGCCCAGUCUGCUGGGCCGACUUCUUAUCGCGCUGCACCUGGGUUUGGACUUGAUAGAGGACGAGCCGAGGGCCCAAAUUUAGGCUUCACUGUGGGCCGAGGAAGGGCAUCUGCAGUUGGGAGGGGUUCGUCAACCUCCUCAAUUGGUGCUGGUGCAUGUGCUUUUUUAGGAAAUGAAAGUAUUCCUGAUAAACAAAGCGCUUCAGCCUCUAUGUUUCGGUAUCCAAGGGGUAAGUUGCUUGACAUGUAUAGAAAACAGAAGCCUGAUUCUUCCCUAGGUAGGAUACCGACUGAGAUGGAGGAAGUUGCCUCCAUUACUCAAGUGGCUUUGAUCAAUCCUCUUGCUUUUAUUGCACCUGAUGCCGACGAAGAGGCAAGCCUUAACGGCAUAUGGAAGGGAAGGAUCAUUAGUAGCGAAGUUUACACUCCAUCUGAGGAAGAAUCCUCAGGUGGUGAAAACAGCAUGGGUGAAACAAGAGCGGAUAGUUCUUUGGUAGGGUUUGUGAAUGGUGACAAUGUUUCCAUGCAAAAUAGUGAUUCUGGGUUACUUGGUAGUCAAAAUGGAGGUCUGGGGGGUGCGUCAAGCGUCUCAAGAUUGAAUUCAGUGGCUUCUGAGAGUUAUGGAUCUGUUGGAGCUGGUUAUCAACUUUCUCAUGGCAGUCCUGAAGCAGUUAGAUCUGGUUUUACUAAAUCAUCUGCGCUGGAUGGGAGUGAAUCCGUUGUUGCCUCUUUCGAGCAAGAUUAUAUGGGCAAGCUGCAGCAACCAGAUAUUGAAGUGAAUCACUCAGAAGGGGCUAUGCCACCUGAGGAGUUUUUGUUCUUGUAUAUUGAUCCUCAAGGAGUAAUUCAGGGACCUUUCAUUGGUUCUGACAUUAUUUCAUGGUUUGAACAAGGGUUUUUUGGGACGGACCUACAGGUUCGCUUGGCAAAUGCACCAGAAGGAACUCCUUUUCAAGAUCUAGGCAGGGUCAUGUCAUAUUUGAAGGCAGAAAGCAUCGAUGCCCAUAUCAGUGACCAAAAGAAUGAAUUUGAAGAGACGACUUUAAAAGCAGAUUCAGACGCUGGUUUAUCAAUUGCACCUGUAGCAGAAUCCAAUGAUUCAUCCGCUAUAACUGCCACGUCGCGUUCUUUUUCUGCGUAUAACAACCCUUCAGCUCAGGAUAAUUUUCAGAGAAUAUCUGAGUCUGAAGUUUAUGUGAAACCACCACAUGCUGAGGACCGAAGUUUCUUGGACUUCUCUGCUCAAGAUGAAGAAAUUGUAUUCCCAGGAAGAGCUGGAGGUUCUGGUUAUGCGUCGGUUAAAUCCUCUGCAAGUGUGCAUGAUGCUCUAAGUGAAUUUCCUGGUCAGUUUACUAUUCCUGUUGAAUCAACUAAGACUGCUACUCAAAAUCAGAGUGAGAAUAAGCUGCACCCGUUUGGUGUUUUGUGGUCUGAGCUAGAGAAUGGUAGUACACCAGUUAACCUGUUACCAAACAGGUCUUAUGAUUCAAUGGGGGAGCCUACUGGUUCAAUAGACAAUUGGCCCAUUGAUUCCCGAAGAAAUAUCCAAAUUGAUCCCAACAUGUCCCUUGAUUCUCUGGCUGCUAACCGGAUGGCGCAUUUCGAACAUUCCAACCGCUUUAACCUUGGGGAUCAACUUUCAUCAAAUCAACAUCACCAACAGCAAUUCCAAAAUCGGGAUAUGCUGUCGCAUUCAUAUAGAGGUGAUCAAGCUCAGGAUCUGGAGCAUUUAAUAGCUCUCCAGAUGCAGCAGCAGAAGCUUCAAUUGCAACAGCAGCAGAAGCUUCAGUUGCAACAGCAGCCGAAGAUUCAGUUGCAACAGCAUCAGCGGGAACAAGAGCAUCAGUUACAUCAGAAGCUCUUACAAGAGCAACAACAGGCUCAUGCUCGACAGUUACAUUUUCAACAGAUUCUACAAGGACAGACUCCUGAUUCAAGGUUUGGGCAGUCACAUGACUUCCCUCGAUCCAACAGUGUUGAUCAGAUGUUGUUAGAGCAGCAGUUAAUAAAUGAAUUGCAGAAAGGCUCUGGCCAUCCGUCACAAAAUUUUGCACCAUACAUUGAGCAACUUGCUGCAGGAAAUAUUGGGCAAUUGCCACAUGAAGGUCAUCGGAGGGAGCUAAUUGAACACCUACUUUCAACAAAAAUGCAAUCUCAAUAUGGACCAGUGCAAUCUCAAUAUGGACAAAUGCAAUCUCAACACGGACAACUGCAAUCUGAAUCAAGCCGGUCUUUGGAGUACCAACUGCUGCAGCAAGAGCAACUGAUGCAAUUGGCAAAUGGAAGGCACAAUACACUAUUGGAGGAACAGAGACAUAUUGACCCUCUGUGGCCAUCUGACCAUAAUGAUCAGCUUUUAAGAACUCAUCCUGGGAUCCAUCGUUCGCGGUCGUCGACGGGAUUUAGACCACUAGACUUUCAUCAACAGCAGCAGAGGCCACCCUUUGAGGAUCAGUUUGGUCAACUUGAGCGUAACCUUCUGUAUCAGCAACAUCUUCGACAAGAAUUGUUCGAGCAGGGUCUUCCAUUUGAGCGAUCAGCAUCCUUACCUGUAAGUGCAUCGGGGCUGAAUCUGGAUGCAGUAACUGGUCUUGGACUCUCUCAGGGUUUGGAUAUGCGGGAUGCUACUGCCCACAUGCAAUCUUCGGGCAGAUUGGGAAAUUCUACUCUGGGUUUUAAUCAUCAGAAUCACCGUAUACCAUUAAGUGAACCUCAUUUUUCACAAUUGGAACCAAUGGAAGGACGCUGGCCUGGAGCUGAUACACAAGUGCCUGGUGACUGGGCCGAAUCUCAAAUGAGGAGACCGGGUGAAGAUUCCAACUCAUGGAUGAUAGGUGGUUCUACUGAAGACAGGUCAAAGCAGCUUUUUAUGGAGUUGCUCCACCAGAGACCCGGCCAUCAAUCUGCUGAGUCACCAAGCAUGAACCGGGGAAAUCCCUAUGACCGGAUGGCUCCUUUAGGCCUUACCCCAGGGAUUCAAACACUUGGUGGACUUUCAGACCAUGGUGGUAGUCUAAACGCUUCUGCUCUCGGGGCUCGAGCAGCUUCAGAUGAACAGGUCAACAGAUUACCGGGAGAUAGGAACAAUAUGGGAUCAUUGCACCGUAAUAGUUCCUUGCUUUCGGGAAUUAUUGAUAGUGGGCUGUCCAAUCUGAAUGAAACCCAAGCCAUCAGUAAUAUGUUUGCUAUGAACAAGGACGCAAAUGACAUCAAAACUUGGAACAAUGUGCCGCCUAAAAAUGAGAAAAUGGGAAGGAUGAUGAUGUCAUAUGAAGCCCAAGACAGAAUGGGCAAGCAACCAGUAUUAACGUCCCUGGUUCAAGGGGAGCUUCCUGUUGCUACGCUUGGCCAACAGUCUUCUUUCAAUAUCUCGGACCACUACAGUGACAACUCGGUUGGAGAAGAUAGAAAGAAGGAUAGGUUGGUAGUGCCAUCACAUGGGCAGGAUUCGGUUUUGUUAAAAAGGCCUCCCUCGUCCCAUUCUUCAUCAUCGCAUGAAGGAUUGCUCGAGCGUAUGUCUGAUACGGCUAGCAGGACAGCAGCAAGUUCGUAUAGUGGAACUGAAGGAGGUGUGAGACGCGAAUCAGGAGCAGCGGGAAACAAAGGGUCAACGUCAGAGGCAUCGUUCAGUGAGAUGUUGAAGAAGAGUAAUAGCAUGAAGAAAGUGGCAGCAGAGUCAUCUGAUGCAACUGAAGGAAGCAAAGGUGGAGGUGGGAAGAAGAAAGGGAAGAAAGGGAGGCAGAUAGAUCCAGCUCUUCUUGGUUUCAAAGUCACCAGCAAUCGCAUUCUUAUGGGAGAGAUCCACCGCGCUGAUGAUUUUUAACUCCUUCUCUUUCUUUCUUUUUGUGUACAGUAUCUUUACAUGUAAAGAUUAGCUUGCUCAAGCUUAGGCGUAUAGGUCCUUUAUACACAUAGCUUCCAUCACAUUGGAACACAGGAAAUAAAAUAAUAAUAGUUUUUUCA